AUGGAAGCUGGAUCGGAAUGGGUGGACAUGAACGCGGAUUCGGAGGAGGAAGUGGAAUGGGAUGAGCAGGAGGACCUUCUUGAAAGAUCGGAGGUCAACGGCGAUCUGUUUGCCGACACAACGACGUCAUCUUCUGCCGCGCCCCCGCCGCCCCCUCCUCAGCAACAGAGGAGCCUCUUCUCCAAGAUGAGGAAGAGGAAAGUACGCAAGGCAAACACGAACGUUAUCUCGGUCAAGCUCGGCACCCUGACCCAGGACGUCCCCGUCGCCACCGGCGACCCUGUCUUCUGCGCCAAGUGCCAGGCGGCACUCUCGGCCAUCGACGUGGCCAAGAUGGCAAGCGAAGGCAAGGACAAGGAGAAGAGCACGCCCGUCUGGCAUUGUCUCUUCUGCGGCACCAACAACGAGCUCAACCUCGACGAAGAGGAGAUGCCGGGAGAGGAGUCGGUCGACUACAUUCUUGAGCCUCCCAACGAAGCCGUCUCCCGCGGUUCAUCGUCCAGCGAGAAGCAGCUCAUCUUCUGCAUCGACAUCUCUGGCAGCAUGUGCGUGACCACGGAGAUCGAGGGCAAGCACGAGCUCAAGGGCGCCGAGGCUCGCAAGCGCCUCGAGUCACUCAACACCGAAAGGGCAGACCAGUGGGCUCCGCGUGAGAAGCGUAACGUUACCUACGUGAGCCGUCUCCAGUCUGUUCAGGCCGCCGUCGACGCCCAGCUCGCGCAGAUGGAGCAGGAACAGCCUUCGCGUCGCGUAGGACUUGUGACGUUCAAUGGCGAGGUAACGGUGGUUGGCGACGGCUACCAGCCGCCUGUCACGAUUACAGGCGACAAACUGGACGACUACGACCAGCUGCUUCAGCUGGGCAAGUCGCAGUCGCCUGGCGCCCCCAUCAGCAAGGCUAAGAAGGCCCUCUCCUCCAAGCUCUUUGCCCUCGAGGAGACCGGACCCACCGCGCUUGGGCCUGCUCUCCUCGUGUGCGUUGGCAUGGCCUCGCAGAAUCCUGGCUCAGAGAUUGUGGUGUGCACCGAUGGCCUGUCCAACGUGGGACUUGGUCAGUUGGAUGACAUCAACACCGAGGAGAAGAAGAGGGCGUCCGAGCGCUUCUAUGAACAGAUUGGAGACUUUGCAGUGCUGCACGGUGUCACCAUCUCCAUUAUCGGUAUCAAGGGGCAGGACUGCCGCAUGGAGCAGCUCGGCGCUCUCUCCGAGAAGACCAACGGAGGCGUCAACAUCGUCGAUCCUCUCCGUAUCACGCAGGAGUUCUCGUCGAUCCUGUCGCAGCCCAUCAUCGCCACCAACGUGGGCGUGAAGCUGAUCCUCCACAAGGGCCUCUUUGUCCGCGCUGAGGACGGUGAAGACGAAAAGGAGCAGUCCACCACGAAGGACAGCUUCAUCACGCGCGAUGUGGAGCGCCUUACCUUUGAGUUUGGCGUGCGCCCCAUCGAAGAGGCCAAGGCCCUGGGCAUCGAUCUUGAGCUGAGCGCUCUGCCCUUCCAGCUUCAGAUCCGCUACACGAAGCUCGACGGCAUGAAGUGCAUCCGCAUCAUCUCGCGGGAGCAGAAGGCCACCCGCGACAGGGAGCAGGCCGAGUUGGCCGCCAACGUCGACGUGCUGGGUCUCAACGCCGUGCAGAAGUCGGCCAAGAUCGCACAGAAGGGCGAGUACACCGCUGCUCGCCUGGAGAACUUCACGCACACCAAGUUGAUGAGGAAGGUGGCCAUGGGCUCGGAGGAUAAGAAGCAGAAGUUUGCGGCGUGGGGCAGCAAGCAGAGAGUCCUGGAGUCGGAGCUCAAGAGCGUGAAGGUGCGCGAGCUGGACGAGGGCCUGGCGCUCUCCGACGACGACGAGGAUGACGACGUGUUCGAAGAGGAUCAGGCCGAGAAGCGCAAGGCCAAGAAGGUCGUCAAGGAGCAGGCGCGCAAGGAGAGGCGAGGCGACGAGACCGCCAAGGUUCUCUGGGCCUUCCGCUCGAAGAGGAACAAGUAG